ACAACCAACACGUGAUUCGUAUGUUUCAGCUGAUCGGAGACUUCAGACUGACAGAAGCAUAUAGCAGCAGUAAUUCCAGAGUGAUUCUUGCUUGGACUAGGUGUUUAAAUCUGUACCAGAGGAAAAAUAUCUUUUGAGAUUUUUGCUUACAAGAAAGUCGAUGCUUAUCGCUAGCUAAAGGUCAUCUUGUCAUUUAGUGCAAUAACUAGUACCAAUCCUUGAAAUCUGAGAGCAAGAUGUCGGGGAAGGACCGAAUCGAAAUAUUCCCGUCCCGAAUGGCACAGACUAUAAUGAAGGCUCGUUUAAAAGGUGCUCAGACUGGCCGCAAUCUUCUAAAGAAGAAAUCUGAUGCCCUUACUCUUCGAUUCCGUCAGAUUCUAAAGAAGAUUAUUGAGACAAAGACGCUAAUGGGAGAAGUAAUGAGAGAAGCUGCCUUCUCUUUAGCAGAAGCCAAGUUUACAGCUGGGGAUUUCAGUACUACAGUUAUCCAGAAUGUUAACAAAGCCCAGAUCAAGGUUAGAGCCAAGAGGGACAAUGUUGCAGGUGUUACUCUGCCAGUUUUUGAACACUAUCAAGAAGGAAGUGACUGUUAUGAACUUACUGGACUAGCAAGAGGUGGAGAGCAGUUGGCAAAACUCAAGAAAAACUAUGCCAAGGCAGUUGAGCUUCUGGUGGAACUAGCAUCACUUCAGACUUCAUUUGUUACGCUUGAUGAAGCCAUCAAAAUCACAAAUAGACGUGUGAAUGCCAUAGAACAUGUGAUCAUCCCCCGGAUUGAGCGUACCUUGUCUUACAUUAUAACUGAACUGGAUGAAAGGGAGAGAGAGGAAUUCUAUAGGUUAAAAAAGAUUCAGGAAAAGAAAAAGCAGCUAAAAGAAAAGACAGAGAAGGAGCGGGCCAAGCGACUAGCUGAAGGAUUGGAACAUGAGCCAGCUAAUCUGCUUGCAGAACAGCAAGAUGAAGACCUGUUGUUUGAAUAGAUGAAUGGAAGUUGUCAUGAUAUAGUGGCUUUCUCUCAGCUGAUAUUCUUGUAAUGAAUUAGAUGUAUAUUGGUCCUAUAAGUCACUCUUUUUGUGUGUCAUCUUCCAGCUGAAUAAAGCCUAGAUUUUUCUGUUGGUUAUUAAUAUAUUUUCAUUGACUCAAAUCUUCACAUGUGAUACACUUAUCAUAUGUCUGGGAAUAAACAGCUGUUGCAAAGUAGGUACUUGAAUUUGUGAAGAAGAUGUUUUCAUAUCCAUUGUAGCAAAAUGUCUGAUCCAAGAUGUUAAUUGGAAGGAUUUCACAGUGGGUGAUAAUAUUGUAUACUGCCAUCCUGUAUUACUAUUUAAAUAAAUGUAAAGUUAUAUGUCACAAA